AUGCAAGGCAACUCCUUCCAAGGGUCUAUGCCUUCAACUUUACGUUUCUCGAAAGGUAUUCAAGUAUUAGAUCUUUCACACAUUAAUUUGCCAGGCAAGAUUCCUAAAUAUCUAGUAGACUUCCAGCUGAAGAUAUUAAACCUAUCCUCUAAUGAUUUUGAUGGUGUGGUACCAAUCAAAGGCAUCUUCAAGAAUGCAAUUGCAACUUUGCUUAUGGGAAAUAGAGUAAUUUUGGCACUAUCUUUAUUGCUUCAGGAAGUCAAGAAGUCAAGAAGAGAGAUAUUUUUUAGUCAAUUAGAGAAUUCUCUUUUGAAAGUUUCUUAUCAGAGUCUCCUUAAAGCUACCAAAGGGUUUUCUUUAGACAAUUUAAUGGGUGUAGGAAAUUUUAGUUCUGUGUAUAAAGGAGUUCCUGAUCAGGAUGAAACUUUUGUUGCGGUGAAGGUACUGAACCUUUCGCGCCAAGGGGCAUUCAAGAGUUUGCUUGUUGAGUGUAAGGCCUUAAGGAACAUUAGGAAUCGGAAUCUUGUUAAGGUAAUCACUGCUUGUUCAGGUGUUGAUUACCAAGGGAAUGAUUUUAAGACACUGGUUUAUGAGUUCAUGGCCAAUGGGAACCUAGAAGAGUGGUUGUGGCCAAUUUAA